AUGGUCGUGCUGAAUGAGCUGGGCCUCCAGAAGAGAGGAUGCUGUCUGGUGCUGGGCUACAUGGCCAAGGACAAGUUUCGGAGAAUGAAUGAAGGCCAAGUGUACUCCUUCAGCCAGCAGCCCCAGGACCAGGCCGUGGUGUCAGGGCAGCCGGUGACACUGCUGUGCGCCAUCCCGGAGUACGACGGCUUCGUUCUGUGGAUCAAAGACGGCUUGGCUCUGGGUGUGGGCAGAGACCUCUCGAGUUACCCACAGUACCUGGUGGUAGGGAACCACCUGUCGGGAGAACAUCACCUGAAGAUCCUGCGGGCAGAGCUGCAAGAUGACGCCGUGUACGAGUGCCAGGCCAUCCAGGCCGCCAUCCGGUCCCGCCCUGCGCGCCUCACCGUCCUGGUGCCACCCGAUGACCCCGUCAUCCUUGGUGGGCCCGUGAUCAGCCUGCGGGCAGGGGACCCCCUCAACCUCACCUGCCACGCAGACAAUGCCAAGCCUGCGGCUUCCAUCAUCUGGUUGCGGAAGGGAGAGGUCAUCAACGGGGCCACCUACUCCAAGACUCUGCUUCGUGACGGCAAGCGAGAGAGCAUCGUGAGCACCCUCUUCAUCUCCCCUGGAGACGUGGAGAACGGGCAGAGCAUCGUGUGCCGAGCCACCAACAAAGCCAUCCCCGGGGGCAAGGAGACCUCGGUCACCAUCGACAUCCAGCACCCCCCACUAGUCAACCUGUCGGUGGAGCCGCAGCCAGUGCUGGAGGACAACGUCGUCACCUUCCACUGCUCUGCGAAGGCCAACCCAGCUGUCACCCACUACAGGUGGGCCAAGCGGGGCCAGACGAUCAAGGAAGCCUCGGGAGAAGUGUACCGAACCACCGUGGACUACACCUACUUCUCCGAGCCGGUCUCCUGCGAGGUGACCAACGCCUUGGGCAGCACCAACACCAGCCGCACGGUCGACGUCUACUUCGGGCCCCGGAUGACGACGGAGCCACAGUCCCUGCUCGUGGACCUGGGCUCAGACGCUGUCUUCAGCUGUGCCUGGACUGGAAACCCGUCCCUGACCAUCGUCUGGAUGAAGCGAGGCUCUGGCGUGGUCCUGAGCAAUGAAAAGACCCUGACCCUCAAAGCUGUCCGCCAAGAGGAUGCUGGGAAGUACGUGUGCCGAGCGGUGGUGCCCCGGGUGGGGGCCGGGGAGCGAGAGGUGACCCUGACUGUCAAUGGGCCCCCCAUCAUCUCCAGCACCCAGACCCAGCACGCCCUGCACGGGGAGAAGGGCCAGAUCAAGUGCUUCAUCCGGAGCACACCGCCGCCUGACCGCAUAGCCUGGUCGUGGAAGGAGAACGUGCUGGAGUCGGGGACCUCGGGGCGCUACACAGUGGAGACGGUCAGCACGGAGGAGGGUGUCAUCUCCACCCUGACCAUCAGCAACAUCGUGCGGGCCGAUUUCCAGACCAUCUACAACUGCACCGCCUGGAACAGCUUCGGCUCCGACACGGAGAUCAUCCGGCUCAAGGAGCAAGGUUCGGAAAUGAAGUCGGGAGCCGGGCUGGAAGCAGAGUCUGUGCCGAUGGCCGUCAUCAUCGGGGUGGCCGUAGGAGCUGGCGUGGCCUUCCUCGUCCUCAUGGCAACCAUCGUGGCCUUCUGCUGCGCCCGCUCCCAGAGAAAUCUCAAAGGCGUUGUGUCCGCCAAGAACGAUAUCCGAGUGGAGAUCGUCCACAAGGAGCCCGCCUCCGGCCGGGAGGCCGAGGAACACCCCACCAUCAAGCAGCUGAUGAUGGACCGGGGAGAAUUCCAACAAGACUCAGUCCUCAAGCAGCUGGAGGUCCUCAAGGAAGAGGAGAAGGAGUUUCAGAACCUGAAGGACCCCACCAACGGCUACUACAGUGUCAACACCUUCAAGGAGCACCACUCCACCCCCACCAUCUCGCUGUCCAGCUGCCAGCCGGACCUGCGCCCUGCGGGCAAGCAGCGAGUGCCCACCGGCAUGUCCUUCACCAACAUCUACAGCACGCUGAGUGGCCAGGGCCGCCUCUAUGACUACAGCCAGAGGUUCGUGCUGGGCAUGGGCAGCUCGUCCAUCGAGCUGUGCGAGCGGGAGUUCCAGCGGGGCUCCCUCAGCGACAGCAGCUCCUUCCUGGACACGCAGUGCGACAGCAGCGUCAGCAGCAGCGGCAAGCAGGACGGCUACGUGCAGUUCGACAAGGCCAGCAAGGCCUCUGCCUCCUCUUCCCACCACUCCCAGUCCUCUUCCCAGAACUCCGACCCCAGCCGACCCCUGCAGCGGCGGAUGCAGACUCACGUCUGAGCAUCCAGUUCCCCGGCAGGGAGGCGGGGCCUGGGGCAGCCGCACAUCCUGGCUCUCCAGAUAACACGGGGACUUCGCAGAGGACCCCAGAACCGGGCCUCCAGGACAGCCCCCGCCGGCCUCUGCCGCCAUCCUCCUCUGAAGCCCCGAUCAAGCACAAAUCUGGGUCCCCAGCUGCAGUGCGCCAGGGGCGCGGGGUGGGAAGUGUCAGAGGGUGCGGCUCAGCGCCCUAGGCUCCGCUGGACACUGCCCAGCCCUUUCCUGGAGGCCGCUCCCCACCUGCUCCUCCCACAGGCACUAGAGGCGGCUGUAACUUUGCUUUAAUGAACCUGCCAACCACUCUCCGUCUCCCCUGAGCUCUCCCCCUCGCGGCUCAGAAGCUCCACCCCGCGCCUGUGCUCCUGCGCAACCCUAGGGAGAAGAGGGGUGAAGCCGCGCCCCACCCCUCACUGAGCUGCCCCGAGACCCCAGCGCCCUCUGCUGCUCAGAGCCAGAAGUGGCCCGGGCCUCAGGACCGCCUCUCACCACCCUGGCUGGGAGCCCACCCCAAUUCGUUCGGCGUUUUGUGUCCAUACGCUGGCAGUUCUGUCCUUGGACUCACGCCUCUGACCUCUGAGGGGGGACUGGCCAGAUCGGAAACUGCUGUCCUGGGUGGGGUGGGGGGGAGCGCCUCCCCAUGUGCCCCUGCCAGGCUGUGAGCCUCCGAGCCUCCGCCUACCCCCUCUCUGCAGCACAUCAGCUAAUACAAGGAGGAUGAGAGCUACUCUGCUCCCCAGGACAGUGUUUCCUGGGAGAUGCAGGUUUGAGGGGACCAGAGGGCAGGUCUUUAAGAUGAUUGGAAGCGCUUUCUCAGUUGAUGUGUCUCCAGGGCCCUCCAUUCACACCAGGAACAGUGGCCCUGUCUUCAGUGAGACUCCGUGGACAAGAGAGAAAGUACAUCAACACCUUACCCUCCUUCUGACUGCCCGAGAAUAAACGUUAGGGCUGUUACUCCAGCAAAUCCGUUCUUCCCUUUUGUUCCUGCAGAGCCACGGGAAGAACCCGGAGCUUUGGGAACACCAGGUUCUUUGCCCUUGUUUGACUCCGUUUUCCUGGGUAAUGAAGCCAGCGCGCUGGUUGGGGUGCAGUGGUCCCUCCAGGCAAACUCCUCUCCUCGUGGAUGAGCCCAACCCAGAGGGGCGCCAAAGCGGGACU